AUGAUGGCCAGCUACCCCGAGCCCGAGGACGCCGCGGGGGCCCUGCUGGCCCCGGAGACCGGCCGCGCAGCCAAGGAGCCCGAGGCGCCGCCGCCGCCGCCGAGCCCCGGCAAGGGAGGCGGCGGCGGCGCCGGGACAGCCCCGGAGAAACCCGACCCCGCGCAGAAGCCCCCGUACUCGUACGUGGCGCUCAUCGCCAUGGCGAUCCGCGAGAGCGCCGAGAAGAGGCUCACGCUGUCCGGCAUCUACCAGUACAUUAUUGCCAAGUUCCCGUUCUACGAGAAGAACAAGAAGGGCUGGCAGAAUAGCAUCCGCCACAACCUCAGCCUCAACGAGUGCUUCAUCAAGGUGCCGCGCGAGGGCGGCGGCGAGCGCAAGGGCAACUACUGGACGCUGGACCCGGCCUGCGAGGACAUGUUCGAGAAGGGCAACUACCGGCGCCGCCGCCGCAUGAAGCGGCCCUUCCGGCCGCCGCCCGCGCACUUCCAGCCCGGCAAGGGUCUCUUCGGGGCCGGAGGCGCCGCGGGCGGCUGCGGCGUCGCUGGCGCCGGGGCCGACGGCUACGGCUACCUGGCGCCCCCCAAGUACCUGCAGUCCGGCUUCCUCAACAACUCCUGGCCACUACCGCAGCCGCCUUCGCCCAUGCCCUACGCCUCCUGCCAGAUGGCGGCGGCCGCUGCAGCGGCGGCCGCCGCCGCUGCAGCCGCGGGCCCGGGCAGCCCGGGCGCGGCCGCGGUGGUCAAGGGGCUGGCUGGCCCGGCCGCCUCGUAUGGGCCGUACUCACGCGUGCAGAGCAUGGCGCUGCCUCCCGGCGUGGUGAACUCGUACAACGGCCUGGGAGGCCCGCCGGCCGCGCCCCCGCCGCCGCCGCACCCUCACUCACACCCGCACGCACACCAUCUGCACGCGGCCGCCGCACCCCCGCCGGCCCCGCCGCACCACGGGGCAGCCGCACCGCCCCCGGGCCAGCUCAGCCCCGCCAGCCCUGCUACCGCCGCGCCCCCGGCGCCCGCGCCCACUAAUGCGCCGGGCCUGCAGUUCGCCUGCGCCCGGCAGCCCGAGCUCGCCAUGAUGCAUUGCUCUUACUGGGACCACGACAGCAAGACCGGCGCGCUGCACUCGCGCCUCGAUCUCUGA